AUGGAAUUGCCACAGAGAGAGUCCCGCAUCAAAAAGCGGUCAUCCAAUGCCUGCCAACGCUGUCGAAGACAAAAGAUCAAGUGCUCUGGCUCUCAGCCCUGCAACACGUGCAGCCGGCGCAAACAGAGCUGCAAGUUUGAUGAUCGAGACCAGAAAAUUCUAGUCACCCGGGGAUACAUCGAGGAUCUUCAGAGAAAGAUUGCCUUGCUAGAACGUGGCGAGAAUGAGACAUUCAGCCCCCAGUCUCUAGAACAGGACGCGAGUGUGCUUAACAAUGGCGAUGAAGAGACCACCUCCAGGGCAGAAGCGGAAUGGAGACAAAAUUCAGGAAGUGCUACAAAUCUAACGAACUUAUUAUCAACGGGCCCGUCGACGUUCAUGGCUGCGUCUUCGGGUCGAAUCUUCUACAUGGGAACAUCGUCUAAUUGGUCCUUUGGUCGGAAGAUCCUGAGCAUGGCACACGAACAUCUCUAUCAUUCUCCACUCCCAGCCGGCGGACUCAUUUUCGACAGUUCAACGUAUGAUCUGGGCUGGGAUGGAACGAGAACGACAGUGGACUUGAAUUCUCCUAUUAUACCCUCCCUCGAUUUCUCCAUCUACCUCAUCAACGCCGUCAAGUUCCAUGCUGGUCAGCUGUAUCACCUUUUCGACGAAGACACUUUCAUGAACAAUCUUUACGCCUUUUACGACAACCCGGAGCAGCACAUGAUGACUCCAAGCUUAUGGUACAUCCACUAUCUCGUCAUUCUUGCAUUCGGAAAAGCAUUUGUUGUCCAGAGGGUUCAAGGAAGUAACCCAGCUGGUUGCGAAUUCUUCACCAAGGCGCUGCAGCUGCUUCCAGACACCACGCAGCUUUGUCGUGAUGCCAUCGCCGCAAGUGAAAUUCUCUGUUGCAUUGCACUGUAUCUGCAGUCACUUGACUUUCGCUGCCCAGCUUACAGCUUUAUUGGCCAAGCAGUUAGGAUUGCGCUUGCCGAGGGCAUGCACACUGAUAUGCCGGUCGAGCACCUGGGUGAGCCUCUUAUCCAGCGAUGUCGCAAAAUCUGGUGGACGAUAUACAUUCUCGAUCGACAGAUGACUUCUAUGAUGGGAUUGCCGCAGUCAAUCCGAGAUGAUCACCUUCACCACCAGCUUCCCUUGUUUCCUGGAUCCCCCCAAAAGCUGGUCGCACUUAGCAUGCAAAUUAGGAUGAGUCAAAUCAUGGAGGAAAUUAAUAGCACUGUAUAUGGGCCGGACGGACGACUCAAUCGGAGAUUCCUGCUGAAAACCAAGAGUGCUCUUGGCAGCACAAUCGAUCUCGCUGAUGAAAUAUGCAAAUCCUUUGACUUGCGGUUAGAUGAAGCCUCCGUGAGCGGCAUUUCUCGACUGUCUGCGCAUUUGCAUCUCCUGUAUCAUCAGUGCAUCGUUUUAGCAACUCGACCGGUGCUCUUCUGCUUCCUCCAAAUUCGACUGCAGUCGUCCGAAUCUCCCCUCGAAUCGUUAACGUCGUCUGCAAAUGUCCGCAAACUGCUGCAGGUCUGCGUCGACUCUGCGCGGCGUAUGCUUAAUAUUCUUACUGUGCUACAAGGACAGACCCUUUUGGACAGCUUUCUCCCGUUCGACCUUGAGUCCACUUUUAUCUCCGCUGUGGUCCUUGCCACAGCACGAGCCAUCGAUUCUUCUCUCCUAGACGACCUGACACCCUGGCUUCAAACCACCUAUAAAAUCUUAGACGAGAUGAUUACUCGCGGCAAUUUGGUUGCAGACUUCCGAAAAUUUGAACUGGAGCAACUAGCGAGCCUGUUUGCCCAACUCUCGCCAGAUCCACGCCGUCAAACUUCAGAGUCGGCCAAAAAAACGCCCCAAGAGAGAAUGGGGUCCCAGCUUCCGUCGCCCUUAACUAUUCCCGAUACCAAUUUACAUCCCUUUGGUGUUCCAGAGAUCUCAAAUUUGGAUAAUGGGUUCACGACGGCAGAGAUUAUGGCCGUGGCUGAGUCGAUCGAUACUGGGGAUGUGGAUUGGAUUGCGCAUGCUGUAACGGAGAAUCAGAUUUGGUAG